CUUCUCUACCAAAUCCACUUGUGAUGGCAGACUACUUGAACCUGACCGGUAAUAUGUCAGCGACUCUUCUUUCCUGAGCAAAGCCCACGAAGUUAUUGUAAACUACUACAACAAAGCUGAAAAUGCAAGUACAACGGAUGACUUGGCCAAGUUGGAGUUUUCGCAUGUUGAUACGUCCGAGACAACGGUGCUUGAUGCUCUUACUAUUGAGAUUCCGCUUCAAAUGCUUGGUUUUCAAGAUGACAAUUCGUCCAGCUCAAAUCCGUAUUACCUGACGAUAUACGACGUCCUAUGCAAUCGUGAGGUUUGCCUAAUGCCCAAUAUGCAGGAAUACACCGGAACUGGAACUACGACAACUAUAUAUCCUCGAGUUCAAGCUCUUGCCAUAAGCUUGAAUGACGGAAACGAAGAUCGGACGGUAGAUACCGACUACUUUCGAGCGGAGGAAGUCAUGCAAUCCUGCAAACAGCGUUCAAAUUCUUCCAUGAUCGUUGUAAGUGUCGGGAAGCGUAUUGAAGGUGAUGCAUUCAAACUGAAUUCAACGGGUGCCAAUGCCGCUGGUCGACUUGUCAAUGCUCGCAUGGUGUACUCGUCUAUCGUGGAAAGUAGAGAAUGUGGCUUCCGUAUAUGGUGCAAAUUGUGCUAGUGAUGCCGGUUGUGACGGCAUUCGGUUCCCUUUGGAAAAAUCCGGUAACGGGUCAACCACAGACGUGUUACUGGUUAGUUACACUGGUAUCCCGACAAGCUUGUUGAGCCCCAUUAACAUGAAUAUCUACUGGUACUCGGUGGGUACAACGCAGUGGACGAUAUUGGCAUCAACCGUGGAGGAGACACGAGGAGCGGCGUUGACAACAGAAACCAGACCAGCACUUAUGGUGUUACCACGGAAUUUCGAGGUUGCUAACACGACACUCGCGGAGUAUAUGACCGAGUUUGGGAGCUGUGAGAUGUUCAUCGACAAGUAUAUUCACCAAGUCGAAAAGAAUCACCUCUAUAUCGAGCACACUCUUCAACCAGCGUACACGGCAGGACUAUACGUCAUCUUCCAAAACGCAAUGGUGCGCAGCCAGCUGCCUUCUAACACUAGCGUCUACAACGACAAAACAUCCCUGUCGUUUUCGGGUAAUUCUCAGGAUAUGUAUGUCCGAGCCUCAGUCCCAUGGACGAAUCUGAUUCUCACAGUAAUGGGCUGCAUUGUUGUAGUGGUGGUUGGUGUCUUCGUCGCAAUCCUGGCGAAGCAGGAAGAAGAUUUUUCCUAAAGUACAGCUCAGCAAGCACUGUCGUCGAAGCGAUCACUGACCACGGCAAGUUUCCUCCGUUCUUGAUACAAAUGCAUCUGCGAGAUUGUACCACGGCUAACGCACCAGAGCCUCCCCUCGACUCUCUUCGUAUUGGUAGUGUGGUUCUGGUCGACAAAGUGAGCCCCACCGAGGAGUAUUUCGUCGGUGAAAACGACCAUACUGGUGCUGGUGCUCCUGACGUCUAGAACCGUUUGCUGAGGGCGGCGUCACCGUGAAAACCUAAGUCGUCCUUGAAAGCACAUACUAUCUGAAAUGCACAAUCGCUUGAAAAAAGCUAUUCUGAUUGUCGGCUG